GAGGGCUUCAUGGGGAACGUGGGUAGCCACAGCGAGGGCGAGGAAGAAGAGGAGGAGGCGGCAGCGGAAGGAGGGGGAGGAGGAGGAACGGCAAGCAUCGUCACCUGGAGCAAUAGUAACGGCAACUGGGCCGCUGGCACCAGCGAGUCCCCUCCACCGGGAGCUAUGGAGGCCGCCUUCCCGGGCAUAGCUUCCCCGCCGCCGGCUUCGUCGUCGUCGUCGUCUUCCUCGGCUGCCUCGACCCUCCCGCCGCCGGCGGUGUUGCUCGGACAGGCCCGGCUGCGCGAGGAAGCCGCCGCCCGCCUUCGCGAGGUGCCCUCGGCCGAGCCGCUGCUCUCGCGCCACCACGCCGCCCUGGUGCGCUGGCUGGAGGAGCGCCUGGGCCGCGGGGAGCACGCCAUCAGCCUCGAGCAGCUCUGCGAAGCCCUGGAGAUCCGCGCUGCACCCGCGCAAGGGACGGCCACUGCCGCCACCGCCGGGACAGGAGGGGACGCCGCUGCCGCUGCGGCCGAGGAACGAGUCAGGAGCGAAGAGGCUUUUGCUCAGUUUGAUCCUGAGGGUGAUGGCACAGUAGAUGUGGAAAAUAUGCUGGAGGUUCUCAAGAGUUCCAGUGGUGCAAAUUUGCAAGGAGAGCUUAGUUACGUAAUCCGGCAGAUGCAGAGUUGUUCACUUAUUCCAGGUUUUAUAGACAUAUUUUCAGACUCAAAUGAGCGCCUUAGUCUUCAUGCUACUAUGAUUCUUAGAUUCCUGCAUCGGCAUCGUAUCACCAGCACUGUUAUCCCAUAUCCCGUCUUGGAAUAAGAGCCCUAGUGAUUUAAAUGGAAACCAGGAAUUGGACAAACUCAAAUCAGUUUCUAAGUGCUACACCCAUAUAGAAACCUCCUCUAAUUCAUCCGAUAUAGACAAAAUGACAAAUGGAGAAACUUCCUCCUUCUGGCAAUCGGAUGGGAGUGCUCGAUCACACUGGAUACGUUUAAAGAUGAAGUCAGAUGUUAUUCUGAGGCACCUCUCCAUUGCUGUCGCGGCAAACGACCAGAGUUACAUGCCCCAGCAAAUUACAGUAGCAGUUGGAAGGACUCCCAACAAUCUCCAGGAGGUCCGAGAUGUUCACAUUCCCAGCAAUGUUACUGGAUACGUGACAUUGUUGGAAAACGCUAACAUUAGUCAGAUGUAUGUACAGAUUAACAUCAAGCGUUGCCUUAGUGAUGGAUGUGACACAAGAAUUCAUGGUCUCAGGGCUAUUGGGUACCAAAGAGUGAAAAAAGACUGUGUCUCUGUAUGUGAUGCUUCAGCAAUCUGGUACUGGUCACUUUUGACCUCUCUGGUCACGGCAUCCAUGGAAACCAACCCCGCGAUUGUUCACGCCAUUCUGCAAAAUACCCAGAAGGCAUUGCAACAUAUGCCACCUCUGUCUCUGUCUCCAGGCUCCACAGAUAUUUCAAGUUUCUUAUCUUCCAAUGUUUUGGAAGAAGUGGACAAUUUUCUCCUGGGAAUUACCAGUUACUGUGCCUCUCCAGAAGUAGAACUUACACUGCUAGCUUUUUCUCUGGCCAGAGGGAGCCUGACCAAAGUGUUGAAUUCACUUUGCACAAUUGCUGGCCACUUGGAAACUACUUAUAAGGCUGCUUCUCUAAUUACUUCCAUGGCUACAGUCAGGCAAAACCUGCUCUACAAAUAUGGAACUGCCCUGCAGCUAACUCUGCAAGCUUGUGAUGUCAAAGGGAAGGAAGACAAAUCAGGACCUGAGAAUAUGCUCGUGGAACCAUGGACAGGAGAUGGCUUCCUGACAGAGGCCGGAAAAAGACAAGCCAGCAUCAUUCUCUCAACUGGGACAGAAUUGGCCUUCCAGGUCACACAAAUCAGAAUAAAG